AUGUCUAACUGCAGCACCAUGUCUGGGACAGUUAGGGAACUCAAUAGGGCCACUUACACUUCCUGGUCAGAAACGGCUGCUCGACAGCUGGCAACGAUACCCCUACAAACAGGUUUUGUGAACGCUUGCUCACCAAGUUCGCAGACGAAGAAGCCAACGCCGAGUUGCAGGUAUUGUUUUGGAAAGCAGCAGGCACUUGUAUGUGAAAAACAACGAAAGACUUGCGCUUUCGCUGUGCGCAGCCGUGCACAGGCAACAGCGUUGUUGCGAGGAGUCGUAGGUCCUGGGCCCCAGCCAGAGUCGGGCGAGAGUCAGAAGAGAGCCUUGGCUGCGCUCUUCGUCGGCCUGUGUCUGAUGUGCGGUCUCCCGAAGGACGCUGUGGCCAUAUCAGGGGGCGGCUUGGACUACGCGGGGCAACAGCUCUCGGAACAGGACCUUUCGCAUCGGAAACUGUCGCAGAAGGACUUUUCAGGAUCGACUUGCCGCAAGACAAACUUUUCUGGGUCAGACCUAUCUGGGGCUCGAUUUUUCAAAGCGGAUCUCACGGAAGCGAACUUCGAGAAUGCUCAGCUUAUCGGAGCGUCCCUUGAACAAACCGUUUUGCGAGGCAGCAACUUCCAAAAUGCUGUCUUGCGUUCCACCUACUGGACCGAGAGUGUCCUGACCAUAGCGAAUAUUGAGAAUACCGACUGGACAGAUGCGCUGCUGGAACCCACCUGGCAGAUGAAGCUCUGCUCGCGUUCAGACGCAAAGGGAAUGAACACGCUCACCAAUACAGACACCCGGGAGAGUCUCAUGUGCCCCGACUAG